AUGGUGGUGUUUAAUGUCUCGCAAAGCUUUAAGGUAGUUCGGGUGUUAGGUGAAGGGGCCUACGGUAUUGUUUCACUUGCUAUCCAUGUACCUACCGGCACUCAGGUUGCAAUCAAGAAGAUUGAGCCAUUUGAUAAGCCUCUCUUCUGCUUGCGGACCUUGAGAGAAAUCAAGCUAUUGUCUCGUCUCAGUAACCACGAGAAUAUCGUACAACUAUAUGAUGUGCAACAACCUCAAGACUUCAACUCUUUCAAGGAGGUCUACAUAAUCCAGGAGUAUAUGCCUACUGACUUGGUAAAUGUGAUCGAGUCUCAGAUUCUCAGUGAGGAACAUGUUCAGUACUUCACCUACCAAAUUUUGAGAGGGCUCAAACUCAUCCAUAGUGCUGGUGUUAUACACAGAGAUUUAAAGCCGUCCAAUAUUCUUAUCAACGAGAAUUGUGACUUGAAAAUCUGUGAUUUCGGGUUGGCUCGUUUGGAUGUUCUGCACCCAAAUUCGUCGAAGAUACCAAAAAAAGGAGGAAUAUCGGCAUUAACAGAGUAUGUUGCUACUAGAUGGUAUAGGGCUCCAGAAAUCAUGCUCAAUUCGGCCCAGUAUUCAUCUGAAAUCGAUGUUUGGUCUGUAGGCUGUAUUCUUGCAGAGAUGUUGACUUAUAGACCUUUGUUUCCAGGCAAAGACUAUCAGAACCAGUUGCAAUUGAUUCUCCAAGUUUUGGGAACUCCUAUGGGAGAAGAUUUCCAUAGCAUCAAAUCUGCCAGAGCAAGGAGCUUCAUAAAAUCCCUAAAGCAUCAAGUUCGUUUAGAUUUUGCAGACCUUUGUAAUAACCAUCCUUCAAGAUUGCAAAGACACGGCAGAAGGAAGAUCAGCCCUCAGGGAAUAGAUCUCUUAGAGAGGAUGUUGGCCUUCAACCCAGACAAAAGAAUAUCCGUAGAUGAAGCUUUAUCACAUCCAUUUGUUUCCAGAUACCAUGAUCCAAAUGAUGAACCAACGACAACGCCAAUAGCAGCAGAAGAGUUUGACUUCGAUGUAGAAAAAGACAAGCUAGAUACCAUGGAGUUGAAGAGGCAAUUAUACAGAGAAAUAAAACAACUAAGAGGCUAG